AGUUUUUAUUUUUUUUUGUGUGCUAGUGUUUUUUGGAAUUGGAAUCAAGAUGAAGUACAAGGUGAAGGACAUCGACGCAGAAAGCCACCACUCCAGCAAACUGCCAGACAGCAACCUGGAAGAGAAACUAGAAAGGGCCGUGAGAUGUUCCACCAUCUUGAUUGGCGCUCUGGGCGUGUCCCUCAUAGCUUUGGCGGUCUACACCACCGUGCUGGUGCUGACAGACUACAAGACCUUGAAGCCCUGCCUCUCGGAGGAAUGCGUCGGGACGGCAUCAAGAAUCCUCCAAGCUCUCAACAAAGACGUCGACCCCUGCACAGACUUCUACGAAUACGCAUGCGGGGGCUGGAUCAAGAAGAACCCGGUGCCAGACUGGGCGACGUCCUGGGACCAGCUGGCGAGGCUCCGAGAACAACUGGUCACGGACCUGAGGGAACUCCUGGAGGAAGACGAUGAAGAAGAACUGCCAGCCAGUGUGCAGAAAGCGAAGGCCCUGUACAGGACUUGUGUGGACGUUGAUAAACUGGAAAAAGACGGCAUCAAGCCUAUUGAGAACAUCCUGGCUACACUGAAUCUCCCGCCUCGUCCGCCAACUGAAGUCAGCGCCAACUUCUCGUGGGAACAGUCAGCAGGCCUUGGGAGACGACUGUUGGGACUCAACGUGCUGAUCAGCGUGCAGGUGGCUGAGGAUGUGAGGAACACCAGCAGGAAUCGAGCUGUGAUCGAACAAGUAUCCCCCGGAUUCAGCGAGCGUUACUUACUCCGGCCCGAGCAGUUCUCCCACGAGAUUGAGCAGUACCACCACUACAUCAAGCAGAUGAUCUCCAUCGCGGACCCUGCCACUGACGCCGAGGAGUUCGCCGGCCACAUUGUGGAGUUCAGCAAGAGUUUGGCUAAGAUAAUGACGCCAGUGGAAGUUCGUCGCAGCGGGACCCACUUGUUCCACGAGGUCAGCGUCCAGCAACUCAUUCAGGGGUCUAGCGGAGGACCUGUGCAAUGGAAAGAGCACGACUGGCAGAAGUACCUGGAGCUAGUGUUCAGCAACACUAACGUAUCACUGCACGCGCAACAGGACCGCGUCAUCGUCAUGGACCUGCCGUACCUUCAGAAGCUGGCCGUGUUACUGUCUGACACCAAGCCUGUCAUUGUGGAACGUUUUCUCUGGUGGAGCGUAUUCUCCACAGUGGCCCCGAUGACCCUGGCCUCGUUCAGGGAGCUGGGAUUCGAGUUCUCGAAGGCGGUGUUCGGGCUGCAGCAGCGCACUCCUCGCUGGAAGAGCUGCACCGCCAAUGUCAACGCCAACUUCGGCGUGGCUCUCAGUUACUUGUACGUGAGGAGGCACUUCGAUCAAGACUCGAGAAAGAAGGCCAUAGAGAUGGUGGAAGACGUCCGUGCGGCGUUCGCGGCGGCCGUACAGCAGCUGGGCUGGAUGGACUCCAGCACGCGCGCGCGCACGCUGGCCAAGCUCCAGGCCAUCCGCAACUUCGUGGGCUUCCCCGCCUGGCUGCUCGCGCACCAGGACCUUGACAAACACUACAGACAUGCUGAAAUCGUCGAAGGCAAUUUAUUUGAAACGUACCUGAAACUGACGGCUGCUGCUGUGAAGAAGUCACUAGAAGCGCUCAGGGAGAAGCCAGAUAGGAACAGAUGGGUAGCAACAGCGACUACAGUGAACGCUUUCUAUUCAGCUACCCUCAAUUCAGUUACUUUCCCUGCUGGUAUUCUUCAACCGCCAUUUUAUGGGAACGGAAUUGAGGCAAUCAAUUACGGUUCCAUCGGUGCCAUUAUGGGCCAUGAAGUCACUCAUGGCUUUGACGAUCAGGGUCGCCGUUACGACUCGGACGGCAACCUAAAGCAGUGGUGGUCAGCCGCCACCCUGGAGCACUACCACGGGAAGGUGCAGUGCAUCAUCGACCAAUACAGCAAGUACCACAUGCCGCAGCUACCUAAUUAUACGGUACACGGGUUCAACACGCAAGGAGAGAACAUAGCCGACAAUGGCGGACUACGGGCUGCUCUCAACGCGUAUUCUCUGUUCGCAAAGAGACAGCCUUCAGCCGCCCGGGUCUCGCUGCCGGGAGUGUCUCACCUCAAGCCGGAGCAGCUGUUCUUCUUAGGGUUCGCACAGAUUUGGUGUGGCAACUCGACCGUCGGCGCGCUGAAGUCUAAACUGGUGGAAGGAGUUCACAGCCCGAACAAAAUCCGAGUGAUCGGGACCUUGAGCAACUCUAAGGAGUUCGCGGACGCCUGGAAGUGUCCGAAGGGUUCUCCCAUGAACCCCGAACAUAAAUGUGUAUUAUGGUGAUCUAAAUCGCCUUCCUCAAAUCUACGGAGGCGCGUAAACUACUUAGUAUCUUUAUAUUAUGAAAAUACGUGAACAUUCCUAGUGAACAUGCAACUGUUUCCACUAUUGAUAUAUAGUGGGCAUAUGCUCGCGUCCGCCCGUUAGUGCUUGGGGUAUAAAUGUGAUGUUAGUUAUAAGGGAACCAAAGACAUUACUAGGUUACCAUCAAGUUACCGCCGUAGUGUAGUUGUACAAAAAAGUGUAUUCUGUAAAAACAGUUUAAUCGCACUAUAAAUCCGUCUGUGGAAAGUUUAUUUAGACGAUAUAGUAAUGUAAACUAACAGAUAUGUCACAUCGUACAGACCUAAGGAGCCCUUUUUGACAGGACAAAACGUAUUUGAAACAAGAGAGAAAGAGACGAAACUAUGAACGUAAGCUGUCAAAAUGGGCUUCUAUUAUAUUUUGUAGAGUGUAAUAAAUUCUUGAGUGUAUCUACUAACUAUAAAUAUAAGUCGGUACAACAAAAUAGCAUAUUAUCGUAUAUCCAGUUAAAAGUUCAAUGAACAAAUAUAUUAUUUAUAUAAUAAUGUCGAGAAACAAAUCAUGAAGACUGCUGUACUUAUUAUCGGAGAUUUUAUUUUAAUGCAUUUGGAGUGUGAAUGGAUUGAUAUCUUCCCAGUGAAUAUGUUGGGCUUCGAGUCGGCUCCCCAAAUACCAGAGCUUAUAAACUUGACGGAUUUGAUGUCUGAAUGAAAAACAAAGUAACUAAUUCUAUAAGUACUUGUAACACAAACGGUGAAACCAUGCUCUUAGAAACUACAUCAAGUGAUAUUGGAAAUUUAAACGAAUGCGUACGAUUCAUUUUACUAUUAUGAAUGAAUCAAGGUAGACAGCUCAUUUAUUCCUUAGAAGAAUGGUGAUACAAGGUGAUAAAAUAUUAAAUCAAAUAUACGUAUAAUCAAAAUAAAAAGAUUUUAGUAUUUGAGACGACGAUUUUAUGUGACUCGAAGCCCGUCGUUGUCGUUUGUAGGUAUUUAGAUUAAGAUAAUGUGAUUUCGAUGUAACUAGAAUCAUAGCAAACAUGUACAAUUUGCUCAGAUAAGCCAACUCAGUGCAUCUCUAUUUUUUUUUAAUUAAAUGACUACCUAUUUAUUACAUAAUAAAGAAUAUUUAA